GAAGUAAAUGUCAGUUACUUUUUUUAGUGGUCAGAAAUGAGUGAACAAUCGGAAAAAAACAAUUCCACUGAAGAGGGACACACAGGUCCUGAGAAAAACUGUCAAAUCGGACAAAAGCAACUGCAACAGAUAGAGCGGCAGUUAAGAUGCUUGGCAUUUCAAAACCCUGGACCACUGGUAGCGGACUUUAAUCCUGAAACACGACAGCAGAAAAAGAAAGCACGGAUGUCAAAGAUGAAUGAGUAUUUUUCUGUAAAAUACAAAGUUAUGAGGAAGUAUGACAAAAGUGGCAAGCUCAUCUGUAACGAUGCUGAUCUGUGCGACUGCCUGGAGAAGAACUGCCUGGGCUGCUUCUACCCCUGUCCCAAGUGCAACUCCAACAAGUGUGGGCCAGAGUGCCGCUGCAGCCGCAAGUGGGUGUAUGAUGCCAUUGUCACCGAAUCUGGAGAGGUCAUCAGCAUGCUGCCAUUUAAUGUCCCCGACUAG